AUGGACUCAGCAACACCUGAAAGCCUGUUCGUGCAGACAACCGCUAUCAAAGAUCUCAAGUCCCUCAGUUCCGAGCUCGAAGUGUGGGUGUCCAUCGGUGGCUGGACCUUCUCGGACAACGACACGUCCACACAAGCCGUGUUUCCAGACAUUGCGGGAGAUGCCGACAAGAGGCAGAAGUUUGCAGACAACCUCGUGUCUUUCAUGACGCGCUACGGAUUCGAUGGCGUUGACCUUGACUGGGAAUACCCUGGCGCUGGUGAUCGUGGUGGUUCCGAGGUAGACACAGACAACUACGUCCUGCUCCUGAAGACGCUGCGGGAGACCUUCCAAGCAUCGCCGCGCGGUGACUAUGGUCUCUCGUUUACCAUCCCAAGUUCGUAUUGGUACUUGAAGUGGUUCGACGUUCCCAGCAUGCUCAAGUACGCCGACUGGACUAACAUCAUGACAUACGAUCUUCAUGGUGUAUGGGAUGCCAAUAACCCCAUUGGAAACAUUGUCCAGGCCCAUACGAACCUGACGGAGAUCAAGCUCGCUGCCGACCUGCUGUGGCGUAACGAUGUGCCCCCAGGCCAAGUCGUCCUCGGCCUCGGCUUCUAUGGUCGAUCCUUUCAGCUUAAGGAUACCGACUGCACCAAGCCGGGUUGCGCUUUCAGUGGGCCUGCCAAAGCCGGUGACUGCACGAACUCGGCGGGCACGCUGGCCUACUUCGAGAUCAUGGAUAUCAUUGCCGACCAAGAUCCCAAGGUCGUCUACGACAAGGCGGCCGCGGCCAACUACAUCGUGUACGGCGACGACAAGGACAUGUGGGUUAGCUACGACGACAACACAACCUUUGCCCAGAAGAUCGACUGGGCUAAAGAGGUCGGCCUCGGCGGGGUCAUGAUAUGGAGCGUUGAUCAAGAUGAUACAUCCUUCUCGGCACUCGAGGGCCUGCUGGGAGAAUCGCUGCCAUCCUUCUCGCUGAAUCUGGAACGCGCAUCAGUAGCCAAGACGGCCGAAUGGGCAUCUGUCAAUGGCCAGGCUUGCAAGGUCAGCGACUGCGUGAGCCAGUACGAGGUUGCUCCCUCGGGCUGGGCCACUGCGCCCAACGGCAAGUUCAGAGAUACCUGCGGCAAACUGUCACUGGGUCGGAAGGGCACGUGUGACGACAACGAGUGCUCGUCUACCGAUGUCGAGGUGGCCCUGGAUCCUUCGGGCGACACUGGAUCUCUCUGCGCAGGCGGUCUCAGUUCGAGGCAAAAGCCGCUCUGCUGCAACACCCCGGAUAACGUCAAUCCAUUCCUCCCUGUCGACCUUGAAGACUUGUUCCCAACGUUGCCGCCUACCAGCGACGUGCCGGUCUUUGAGCUGCAGCCUCUCUCGUACACCGCUGGAGAUGUGGCGGACAAUGACGACGCUACGGUGGCAGCCUUCCUGUUCGUCGUCAUCGAUGGACCGUCAGGCACAGUCUCGAACUUGGACAAGCGUGAGGGAGGUUCUCAUUUGCAGUUCCUGACCCGCGGAUCACACCAUGGACAAGAAGUUCAGUCGACCUACCUCCUUUGCAUGGACGAUUCGGCCAAGAGUAACUGUGACGACAUGCACUUGGGCGGUCUCGAGGGCACAGUUCUGCGUAUGCCUGAUAACAUGGGCUUCGGCAAGUAUGCUGUAGCUCAUGCAGUACGAGAGACGACACAUGACGUCCCCGACAAGCUCAUCAAAAGGGGAGCCCCAGCUAAUGCCAAAGUCAUGGAACUCGAGUACAGUUAUGACUUCUCGCGGGUGGCCAAGAGGGACUCUGGCGACAUAUACUUCCGAGUUGACUACUCUGACACCCACAAGUACUAUGAGCAAGUAGUCGAAGCAGCGGCUGCCAAGAGGAAGCGUGAUGAUGCCGAUGGGCAUCCCCUUGAGUCGCGCUUCUGGAGCAAGUUGUCUUCGGUUUGGAAAACCAUCAUCGAGGGUAUUCGAACCACGGCAUAUAACGAGAACACUCAGCCGGCUAUCAAGAAGAGCGACUUCGCCUCCUUGAUCUAUGGCAAUGAUGGCAGUGACAACGAUUGCGAGGACGACGGCUUCCUCAAGAUCAGCCUGUCAGGUUCCAUGAGCAACAAGAUGCGAUUCGGCUUUACGCUUGUGGGAACCAUCUCGCCGACACUGUCAGUCGAGGAGGCGUACGGGUACUUUGACUCUGACCUGUUGAUGUCGGCGACAUUGUCUUUUGACAGCAAGGGCGUGCUCGACAUUAACAGCGGCGACGGUGUAGCGCGCGACAUGUUCUCGAGCGCCAUCACCAACUUCGAGGCCUCGCAGCCAGGCAUCGUGUCCUUCUCACCAUCGCUCAACUGUGAGGUGUCAUUAAGGGGUUCCGGCGCCAUUGACGCUCAGUUUGACGUCGACUUCGAGCUGGCGUCGUCCGAGACGUUGCGCACGAAUGCACCGCCGGGGCUUAGAUACUUCUCCGGGGCCGUGAAGGACAAGAGAAUCAGCAACGCUGCCAGUGGAUAUCUGUCUGUCCCCGAUGACUCUGCUAGUAGCACAAAACGAGCAACUGGCGGGUCCUUCAACUCCAUCUUCGCCAUGAACAUGGUACUGGAGACUACCAUGACGCUUAAGCUCUUCGGUUACGAGACGUCACUGGAGAACGCUGGUGCCAAGUUCACUUCUCGGCUGGUUCACGCCAUCAACAUCGUCGAUGAUGUUGGAACAGGGUCCCCCGGAAUCAUCGAUGCGCCUCAGGCCGCGUCCGCCGAUGUAGUCCAGACAGGGACCAUCCAAUCUGGAUGGGAUGACGGGACCACGCACAACAUAGGCAGCGUGGCGAGUCCUGCCGUCGUCUUCACCGGUGGCGAAGAGCCUCCCGAGCGCGAGGCACCCGGUAUCAACGGAUAUGCUGUCUUCGGCGACAAGUCUUUCAUGGGGUGUAGCGACAACAGUACGACCGCCGAACUGAUUUGCUAUUACAACUUCUUUGUUGAUAACAGCACUGAUGACGACGACACCGACUUGAAACGCAGAGGCUUCGCCUGGUUGGAUCUGACCUUCAAACCAGGGCAUCUCGGUGAUCUCAGCGAACGUGAGAAGGCACACUUCAGACGCCUGGACGAGCGAGCUGCUGGUCCUAGUGGAGGGUCAACUGAGGACUAUCCGAUAUUGGACGCCAACGCUAACAGUGGUACCGCCGAUGGCUUCAAUUUCCAGUUUCCAACCUAUCCCAACGGCAACAACGGAGACGCCCUCGAUGCCGAGACUGGUCGCAACGAACGGUGGAGUAUCGCCAAUCCCAACGACUGUGAAGACACCUCCGCCACCAGUGCUGGCGUCCAAGGCGUGAACUAUCAGACGGUAGAGUCGGAUCACGUAGACGACCGAUCCAUCUUCCCGAAUCAUGCCGCCCAGUUCUUCCAGACCGGACAGCUCGACAUGGCUGACAAUGAGCCGGGCUUGUCCACGAUCUAUCAGAGCCAGAACAGUCUCUUCAGCUUCGCCAAUCUGUUCAACUACUUUGCUCAUGACUACCGGCUUUGGGUACCAGCUAGCGUCGAGGCAGACCCGCCGGCAGGUUCGGCCGCCGAGGCUGUGGCUGAUGCCUAUGGAUCAUCCAGUAACCCGGAUGUCAUGGUCAAUCUGGCAAGAGCCCUCAACUCGUUGAAGGGACGAAUGUACACGACCGAGGGCCAGGGUGUCAGCGAUGACAAUUGGAACACGUGGAUGAACAAUCCAAGUCUCGCCAACGCCGAAGACGCCCUGUCGUCAAUCCGUGCUGUUUUCGCCAUGUGGAAUUACAUGAACGGCAUUGCACAAUAUCGAACGGACUUGUUUGAUGGCCGACGGGACGCGUUGGCCGUCUUCGACAACCUGUACGCCAGGACGUUCCCCAAUCGGCCUGAGCGACUCGUAACGCUCAUCGACGAGUUCCAGCCGUUAUGGAACCAGCGCGCCGUCAAUUUCUCCCGGCGUUAUGUCACCGCUCGCCUGGAUUCCAUGGAAAACACUUACAGGAACCUGCAGGGCACACAUGCCGCCCUGGCUGCCAAUGUGAUCAGCGCCAUCACCCGCAUGAGGGCAAGAAUCCAGACGGAGAUUGUAUUGGCGGUACAGAGGACCACUUGGGUGAAUCCGUAG